AGACUCUUUGGUGGGAUUUUUGACCUCUGGGGUCCUCUCAGGGCUCUCAUGACGCCCAACCAUCACCUGACCUGCCAUAACCUCACGGGUGACGCCAGGAGUACGCUUAUUAAGGAGGCUAGCCUCAUCCACUGCAAUAAAAUCGAUGACCUUAGAAGCCGCGAGACUGAGAACUGGCGAUUAUUUUGGUUGAAAGUGCUGGAGAGAAAGCUGAGUAUCAUGGGGGAGGAGAGCGAGGAUGACUAUGAUGACUCUGCCUCACUUCCCCCAGUCAAGCGCAUCCGUGUAACACAAAUGGAUCUUAUGAACCAUUUACUAAGCGAGGUCUCAGAAAUCAAAACAUGUAUGAACACUCGCCUUACUUCACUGGAGACCAAGGUAUCAGUGCUAGUUCAGACAUGCAACCGAAUGUCUUCCAAAUUAGAUGCAAUCGAACGACUUGUUGGCAAGCAACCAGAUCAAAAUGCGCCCAUGGAGAUGGCUUUUGGAGAUCUAAUACCCCUAUCUGACUCGUGUCUUAAUUCUUUCCAGCAAGUACCACAAAUUGGACAUACCUCCUCUGUUCGUAAGGAUCCAGCUGUCACAGAAGAUAUAUCUUUUGACUUUGAUUCUCUACAGAAUUCAAACUUAGAUCUAAGUGAUGUUAAGGUUUUCAAAGGGGUCAUUCCCAAGUUAACUUAUUUAGCAAUUUGCCUGAUUUUGUUUGAAAAGUAUUUCAUUCUUAAUAAGGUCUUUUCUUCAGCUGGCAGAUGGAAUAAACGACAAUUAGAUCCACUAAUGAUCUUUGGAAUACGAUGUCAUCUACAAUACAAAUUUAACAUUUCAUCAAAGAUAUGGCACAAGAUUUGUCAGAACAUGGAUUCAAAAUGCCGUUCAGCUUGGAAACGACGAAUCCGAGGCAUGGUCACCCAACCUCGUAAUAGUAGACAAGUACCACAAAUCGGACAUACCUCCUCUGUUCGUAAGGAUCCAGCUGUCACAGAAGAUAUAUCUUUUGACUUUGAUUCUCUACAGAAUUCAAACUUAGAUCUAAGUGAUGUUAAGGUGAUAACUCAGUCUCCAACAUGUGAACUUCGAAUACUGAGUGCCACACCAGAGCAGAUUUCUCAUCUACAAGACACCCAGGAAAUCAUACUUUCAGAAGAGCAGAUUCUCGCCCAAUCCUCGAAUGAGAAGAGCAUCCUGAUUAGCAACUCCUCAUCAGUGUCCAUGGGUACUGAAGUUAUGAGUGGUGAAGAGCUGGGAGAGGAACUUGACAUGCCUCACGACCCACCACACUCUCCCCUCUCUGCCCAAACCUCAACUCUAGCCGUUAUGGAUGAUUCACACCAUCGUAUUACUCUCAAAACAGAACCAGAGUUAGAAAUCUUGGACCAGCAUGGUAUUUUGGCAAGGGAUUCAGAAACAGAUGAUUGAAAAAAUAUUUAGUUUCUCUCUAUUACAGCUUAAAUGUUUUAGAGAAUUCUCUUAUUAUGUAGUUUCUGCAUUAAAUUGUAUAGAUUGCUAUCAGUACAAGUACAUAGUAGAUGGACCUACAAAUUUACAGUAAGAAAUUAUUAGUUGUAUUAUCAAUAAAAAUUAAUAUUUA